UUGUUUCAAAUAAAAAUAAAAACAAAAAAGUUAUAAAAAUGUAUUAAUUAAAAAAACAAAAAGCAUUAUCAAAUCGAUUUUCGUCAUCAAAUUUUAUUAUCUAACCAUACUCAUAAUAUAUAAAGCUACAAUUAUGUUUUUAUCCUGAAUUGAUCUCCAUCUUCUUGUUAUUGGAUGGACAUGGGUGAAUUAGGUUUCAUUUCUACUCUCAUGACAUGACAAGGCAACUGGAAGCGCACCAUUACUGCGCGCACCUGAACGAAGAGGUUCGACAGUGUCUAAUCUUUGACAGCCCGGAGAAAGAUGCCAGACUUAUAGGGAUCGAGUACAUUGUAACAGAGGAUCUCUUCUUAACAUUACCUGAUGACGAGAAGCCUCUUUGGCACUCGCAUGAGUACGAAGUCAAGAGUGGGACUCUAUUCCUCCCUGGUGUCCCGGGCCCAAUUGAGCGCCUUGACUUGGAGAAGGUUUGCAAGACCUAUGGCAAAGUUUUCCAUUUCUGGCAGGUGGAUCGAGGCGACACUCUACCACUUGGCAUCCCACAGCUAAUGAUGGCGCUAACCCGAGAUGGGCAGCUGGAUGGGUCUCUACAAGAAAAGGUUGAGAAGCGUUAUGGGGUCUCGUUUGAAGGGGAGAGGAAGAAAAGAGAGUACAUGUCGGGGCCUGUCCAUGGUGUCCAUCCGAGGGCAAACGGUGGCGGGGAAGGCCUAAAGACAGAACUCCGAGAGACAACGAUGCCUUUGGCAGCUUCAAUUCCAAGAGUCUUCGUUUGAUGAGAGGUGAUAUCGUGGUGGUUAUGAAAGUUGGAUGUAUAUGUAUGUGUUUGUGUUUACUUUAAGCGUAAUGUUUUGGCAGUACUUUAGUAUAUCGUCUACUAUUUUAAAAAAAUUAUAAAAUAAUUGAGUUCGUGGUAAAAUAGUUUAUUUGGCUCUCUACAAGUUAGAGAAUUAGAGAAUUGACCUGCAUAGGCCUAAUUCUUUACUUUUGGUUUGAAACUUUGGGGUUUUCAAAUGAAUUUCUCAUUUUGGAAAGGAUAUUGAAUUUUUUAGUAUACUUGAAUUCAUCUACAUCUGCUAAUAAAAAUGUUGUUAAUUUUUAA